AUGUUGACAUUUCAUAAACCAGAAAAUGCAAUCAGAAGGGUGGAGGAACUUAGAUCAAUUGGUCAGGAUGAAACUGCUCUUCAAUUACUACAUUCAGUAGUAAAUCACAGAAGAUUUAGAGUUCAUGGAUGGGAUUCUUCACAAGAAUUGAUGAUGAUUCAGUAUAUUAUAUUGUCUGUGGACCUACAAAAACCAAGAAUGGCUCGUGAAGGACUUCAUCAAUACAGAUAUGUAACACAUCAGUCUAAUAUUGGGUCAUUGGGUAAAGUUAUUGUGGAAUUUCGUAAUAGAGCAGAAGAGCAACUUCAAUCAGUAAAAAAUGAAUGUGUUGAUUGUAUGGAUCCAAAUUUGAUCAAGGAAAAUCUUGAGCAAGAAGAAACACCAGAAAGUUUGUUACUAGCAAGUUUACAGAUUGAGAGAAGGGGUGCUAAAGAAAAGAAGCUACACGAAACUCUUAGGUUUACUUGGGAAGCAUAUAAAAUGAUUUUAGAUAUUAUCAGACUCACUCCUAAAUUAGAGAGAAUAUAUCAUGAAACUGCACAAAGAGCCUUAGAUUUUUGCUGGCAACAUAGUAGGGCCAGUGAAUUUAAAACACUAUGUGAGUUGCUUAGAACUCAUUAUCAACUUUUAGUUUCAAAUCGUCAUCGUCCAGAAAUUGAAGUUAUGCUUCGACCAGAAUGCCAUCUUGAAACACGUAUAGUACAACUCAGAGGUGCAGCAAAACUAUCAUUAUGGAAUGAAUGUUUUACUACUGCAGAAGAAAUCUUUCAUCUUGGAAUUUUCCAAUUUGAUCCUCUUAUAGGAAAUUCUUUUACUCAGAAUGCCUCUUUAACUUCUAAUAGUCAAAGUAACCAAAUAAAUACAUUGCAUGGUACAGUCCAUCAAAAUAAUUUUUUAGGCGGCACUGCUCUCCCAUUACAUAGCAAUACCUCAAAUACUGCUAACUUACAAAAUAUGGAUAGUGCACAUGCAAUGAAAGUUAGACCAACAUAUUUAAGGUGGGUUGCAUUGUAUUAUGAUAUACUAAGUAAGAUGUUCUUGUUAACGGAAAAUUAUUCAUUUCAUGCCUUGGCACAUUUGAAAUAUUUUCUACAUCUGAAACAAUUUAAAAAGAAUGUAUCUAAAGAAGAAUUAACAAAAAUGGCAUCAACAGUAGUAUUAGCAGUAUUAUCUAUUCCAUUAAGCGAAAAUAACUUGAGUUUAAAUUCAAAAUCACGUUAUUUUAUGGGAAAUAUGUCAUCAAAUGAUUAUUACCCCCAAGGUGAUCAAGUUAAAAAGGCGGCAUUAUUGUUAGGAUCAUUAUUUAUUCCAACAAGGGAAAUAUUAAAGAGCAUGUUAAUUUCAAAAAAUAUUUUAGGACUAUCAUUACCAGUAUGUCAACAACUAUAUGGAGUAAUUGAAGGAAGAUCUAAUACUUUAAAAUUAUGUGUUAGUACAAAUGGUUUGCUUACAAACUUAAUGGAAAUUGAUCCAGAUUUUAAUGAGUAUACACGCCCAUUAAAAGUAACUAUUUUAACAAAAUUAUUCUUGUUAAUUUCAAAAGUAUAUUCAUCUAUUUGUAUUGAUCAAUUUUUGAAGAAUAUAUGUCCAAAUGACUUUUUACCAUGGACUGAUACAGAAAAGCUUUUAGUACAGCUAUCAAAUUCUUCAAUAAUAAAUUUAAGAAUAGACUAUGCAAGAAAAUGUAUUUAUUCUGUAGAUAAAUGUUUGGGAUACAACAAUAGUACUAAUAAUAAAAGUGGUAAUUUAAAUAAUGUUGGAUUAUGCAUAAGUGGAUCAUCACAAAUAUUAACAACUAAUAAUAUUAAUAAUAAUAAUUCAGGGUCUAAAUAUAAUAAUCAAUUAUCAGUUUCAGCUUUUAUGUUGGAAAAUCUUUUAAGAAAUUUAGAUAAAGAUAAUAUAAAGAUUGGAUUACAGAAUCAAAAUACAAAGAUUUCUCAAAUGGUACAAAGACGUCUUCCAAUUGAGAUGAUUUCAAUGGAAAAACGCAUUGAAGAAAUUAAAUUAAGAAGAAAAGAAAGAAUUGAAGAACUUAAAAGAGUUGAAGAGGAUAAAAAACGUCAAGAAAAGGAGGCAAAAGCACAAGAGGAAUUAUUAGAAAUACAAAAGAGAGAGGAGGAUAGAAGAAGAAGAGAAGAGGCAAGACAACUGGAAGAAAUUAAAAAGAAUAAAAUUGAAGCUUGUAGAAUAAUGUUAGAUACAAUAAAGAAGUUGGCAUUUAAGAAUACUAAUUCGAAUAAGAUAGUAUUGAAAGGAAAACUUUUGGAUGAAAUAACAUUAGAAGAUUUAUUAGAAGGGAAGAUAUUAUAUGAUGAUUUAGAAAGAUUACAAGAAGAACAAUGUAAUUUUGAGAGACAAGAAAGAAUUAAACAAAGAAAACAAGAAGCUAAAAGAUUGGAUCACUUAGCUAGAGCAUAUAGAUUAGAGGAAAUUCCAUUAAUUAAUGAAUGGAAUAAUAAGAUAAUUCAAAGUGAUAAAGAAUUACAUAAACAAUUACAAGAUAGUUAUUUAUUAAAAAUUGAGGAAAUUAAGAAAGAAGCACAUAAAGAGAAGGAAAUUUUGAAGACAAUAUUACCAUAUUUGAAUAAUUGGAGAGAUAAACAAUUAGAAAUAAGAAAAGAAGAACUUAUGGAUGAACUUAAAGUACAAAGAUUAAGAUGUAUUAAAAAAAUUAAGGAACUUAAAAUUUCUCGAGCAAAAAUUAGACGUAAUGAGGCUAUUGAGAAGAAAUUACAUGAGGAAGAGCAGAGAAGAAAGGAGGAAGAAGCUAAAAGAGAGGAAGAAGAAGCAAGAUUACUUGAAGAAGCAAAAAGACAAAAAGAAGAGAAACGAUUAAAGAUGCAAAGACAAUUAGAAAUUCAAAGGAAAAGAGAGGAAGAAAUUGAGGCUAAAUUGAUGGCUGCAAAUUCUAAGAAUAGCAAUAAUGCAAAUUCAAGUAGUAACAGUGGUGGUUUUAAUGAUAGAGGUGAUACGAUUAGUUUUACAAGAGAAGGUGGUGGAAAUAGUAACUCCAAUAGAGGUUUUGGAAAUAAUAAUAGAUCAAAUAAUAGUAAUUCUUCAGGUAUAUCAUUUACAAGACAAAAAACUGGAACUUCAGGAAAUACCAGCCCAUCAAAAGUAGAUUUUACACGUGAUUUUACAAGAGGAGUAUCUAAUACAUCAAACUCUUCAUCAAGUGCUUCUGCAGGAACUGAAUCUGCAACUGGUUUUAAUAGAACAAAUAGCAACAAGAACGUCAGUUUUUCAGAUUUAAGAAGAACAGGAACUAACGAUCAAUCAAAAAAUCAGCAGCAGCACUCAUCUUCAAUGGGAAGAAAUUCAAACAACUCUUCUAAAAGUAGCCAAAGAAACAAUAGAGAAAGAGAUACACGCGAUAUUGAUACUAAUAAGUGGAGGUGA